AUGAUGUUCGAAUAUACAAGUGAUUAUUUAGCUGAAAAAUUACGUGAAAAUUGGUUAACACGUAAUGGUUCUAAUCAAUUCAUAUUGGAUCUACAAGAACAAGAUGAUUCAUUAACAAAUUUAAAUUGGUUACAAACUUUAAAUAUUCAUGAGUUCACAUCUAGAAGUUCACCGAUUUCUCCACCUCUUACACCUCCAUUACAUUUAAUCAAUUCAACUAACAGUGUAUAUACCUCAACAACGACGACAACGACGACAACAACAACAACAAUAACAACACCAAUGACAACAUGGAAUUCAUCAUCACAAAAAUUUUCUCAUUUCAAUUCAACUUUAAAUCAUUAUAAACGAAAUGAUUUCACAUUAUUUAAUGGAUUACAACAUCGAAAUGAAAAUAAUACUUUUCCAUAUAUAAAUAAUUAUUCAAAACAUCGAUUCACUUACAAUAUUCAUAAUAAUAUAGAUCAUACUACUGAUAUAAAUAAUCAUAAUAAUUAUAUUAGUAGUAGUAUUGCUAUAACUAAUAAACAAUAUAAAGAUUCACCUUUAAAAUGUUUAAAUAAUACAAUAAAUUUUUAUUCAAAUUAUAAUCCUAUUCAAUUGGAUCAUAUUCCCAUUAGUACAACAACGAAUGCAUUACGAAGUAAUAAUAAUAGUAAUAAUAAUAGUAUAGAUUGUCAACGAUUAUUAAACACUGUCUAUAUUAAUACUGGUAAUGUAAAUCCUAAUGAUAAUGAUCCAUUUUCUACAAAUUCUAUAUAUGAUCUACAUAAUAUUAAUAAUAAUAAUAAUAAUAAUAAUAAUAAUAAUGUGAAUAAUCCCAAUUCAUAUAUCUGUUCAUUACGUAAUAGUAAUAUUUCAAGAUUUGAACAUCAUAAAUUACGUAAAAAUGAUCAUCAUCAUCAUCCACAACAACAAUCGAUGAAUUUAACAGAUAUAAAUUUCAUUAUAAGUUCAUCAACUACUGAUAUAUUCAAUCAUAAUAGUAGUCAAGUGAUUUAUAAAAAAAUUAAUAAUACUACUACUAAUAAUAAUAGUAAUACUAAUACUAUUGACUAUACUAAUUCUAUCAAUCAUAGUACUCCUAUAGAAAGUUAUUAUUAUUAUAUAACAGAGAAUAAUAAAUUAUUUAUGAAAUAUGAUACAUUAUCUAUACAAGAGAAAGAGAUUUAUCAAUAUAAUGCAAAUGAUAAACCAUUAUUUAAUUCACAUACAUUAAUUUAUAUGGCAAUGAUGUCAUUAAAAAAGAAUAAAAUUACAUUCAAUGAUAUAUGUGAUUGGAUUAAAUUACAUUUUGCAUUUUAUCGUUAUCAAAAUGAUAAUUAUUGGUGGCAGGAUAUUAUUCGUAAACAUCUUACAUGUAGUCGUUGUUUUCAACGUGUCCCUAAACGUAAAGAAGAAUUAGAUGGUCGUAGUGAUUUAUGGCGUAUUAAUCCAGAAUUACAAAAUCAAUUAAUCAAUAAUAAAAUUAGUAAUAAAUUUUUAAUUGCUUGGCAAAAUCAAACUUUACCUAAAUUACCUGAUUUAAUUGAUUUUAUUGAAUCAUAUAAUUCAAUAUCAAAAUUAUCAUCAGAAAUCAAUAAUUAUCAAAGAAAAGAUCAUCAUGAUCAUCUUAUUAUCAAUGACAAUGAUAAUAAUCAAUUCAUCAAUUCAUCAAAACGUAAAUGUAUUAAUCAAAUAGAAAAUCAUUUAAUAGAUUUGAAUAAAUCAUCAAAUAUAUAUCUUAAUAUUGAUCAAACAACUCAAUCCAAUUCUAGUUCAUCACCAGAAUUAUCUGAUUUUUAUACAUCAUCACCAUCGGAAUUAUUACCGGAACCAACAACAGAUUUAACAUUAUUUAUUGAUAAUGAAUAUUAUUUGAAUACAUCAUUGAAUUCAAUUAGUUUUAAUGAUAAUAUUAAUAAUAAUAAUAAUAAUUUAUUAAGAAAUAAUAUAUUACAUCAUUCUAUUCAUUCAUCCCCAUUAAAUUUAACUGAACAAGAACAAUGUGAUCUACAAGCAUUAUUUAAUGAUCAAGAAACUCAUUCUAUAUUAAAUGAUCAUUUCUAUUAUACAUCGACUUCAUCUAUUUCAUCCUUUGACUUGAACGAUGAUAAUAAUAAUACUGAUAAUAAUAGUAAUAAUAAUAAUAAGAAUAGUAAUGAUAAUCAUAAUAAUCAUAAUAAUGGAUUAAUUGUAGAAGAAUUAUCAAAAGCUAGUGGAUUAAAUGAAAUUCCACCAAUAAAUGAUUUUGAUAAUGAUGAAUUAAUAGAUCCAUUAGAUUUAACUAUUCAUAAUGUUCAUUCACGUUUAACUAAUGAUUGGUGGUCAAAUCAUUCAAAUAUAAUAAAUAAUAUGAAUCAUGAUAGUUUAUCAGAAUCAAUGACUAAUUUUAUUAAUUCUACAUUAAAUGAAUUAGAAAAUAAAGAAAAAAAAGAAAAAGAAGAAGAAGAAAACAACAACGACAAUGAUGAUGAAGAUGAUGACGGUGGCGGCGGCGGUGAUGACGACGAUGACGACGAAGUACUAAUGAGAAGAGAAAACAAUGGAAUUGAUCAAAGAAUUGAUGGAACCUUCACUAGUGAUAUUAUUAAUCCUAUUAUUGAAAACCUUGUAUUAAAUAAUAAACAAAAUGAUAUAAAUCAAGUAAAAUUACAUGUAAAUUCUUUAUCAUCGGAUUUAUUAACAAAUGAAUUAUCAUUAAAUCAAACAUUAUCAUUAUUAUCAUCAUCUGAUUUAACAAUAUUAUCACCAAGAUUAUUAUCGAUUACGAAUCAAACAGAAAUGAUUGAAUCAUCAUCUUCAUCAUCCUCACCAUCAUCAUCAUCAUCAUCAUCAUCAAUUCCACCAACAUCUUCAAUGAUAUCUAAAUUAAAUUACUAUUCUAAAACUAAUGAAACUAAUAGUAUUCUCAAUGAAGAUGAUGCAUUUUUUCAUCAAUUCCAAUUAAACACUUCAAUAAAUAAACAUAAUAAUAAUCAUUUAAUUCCUUUCAAUCAUAUAAAUGAUCAGAAUAAUAUAGAACAAGAGAAUAUGAAUCAUCAUCAUAAUAAUUCAUUAGAACAAACACAUCAUCAACAACAUUGGCUUGAUCAUAAAAUGAAUUUCGAUGAUCUUGAUAAUAUUUUAGGACUUCAUUAA